GCUUCUGGGCUGACAGAACACCAGUGCAUGAAGCAGCCAGGAGGGGAGAGAUCCUGCAGCUGCAGCAGCUGAUCGAGAACGGAGCCUGUGUCAACGCUGUCACCUAUGACUCCAUCACCCCCUUGCACGAGGCCAGUCUGCGAGGGCAGACACAGUGUGUCAAGCUGCUGCUGGCUGCAGGGGCCCAGGUGGACGCCAGGAACAUCGAUGGCAGCACUCCGCUCUGCGACGCCUGCGCCUCGGGGAGCAUUGAGUGUGUGAAGGUGCUGCUGUCCCACGGGGCCAAAGUGAACCCUCCCCUGUACACAGCAUCUCCUCUCCACGAAGCCUGCAUGAAUGGCAGCUCAGAGUGUGUGCAGCUCCUCAUCGACGUCGGCGCCAACUUGGAGGCUCAUGACUGUCAUUUUGGGACUCCUCUGCACGUGGCCUGUGCCAGGGAACAUCUGGACUGUGCCAAGUUGCUGCUCAAGGCAGGAGCCAAUGUGAAUGCUGCCAAGCUGCAUGAGACAGCUCUGCACCAUGCAGCAAAGGUGAAAAAUGUGGACCUGGUGGAGAUGUUGGUGGAGUUUGGAGGCAACAUUUAUGCCAGGGACAACCGAGGAAAGAAGCCGUCGGAUUACACCUGGAGCAGCAGCCCCACAGCAAAGUGCUUUGAGUACUAUGAGAAGACACCCCUGAGCCUGUCCCAGCUGUGCCGGGUGACAGUGAGGAAAGCCGCCGGGCAGCGAGCGCUGGAGAAGAUCUCCAAGCUCAAUAUUCCACCACGAUUAAUCCAGUACUUGUCUUACAACUGACAGGGAUGAAGGUGGCCUGGGAGGAC